GGAACAGUGACAGCAGUAAUGUGUUCAACUGUAAUUCAAAUAACUUCGCUUUGUUUUUUUUUUAUUCAUAGGCUGCAUGGAAGGUGGGGAAAAUAAACCAUGUGGCUAUAGCUGUUCCAGACUUGGACAAAGCUGUGACACUGUACCGAGAUGUAAUGGGGGCGAAUGUCAGUGAAAAACAUCCUCAGCCUGAACAUGGUGUGUACACAGUGUUUGUUAAGUUGGGGGAUACAAAAAUAGAGCUGCUCCACCCCUUAGGAGAGGACAGCCCUAUUGCUAAUUUCCUGGAGAAGAAUAAAAGUGGAGGAAUGCAUCAUAUCUGUUUAGAGGUUGAAAACAUCCAGACAGCUAUGGAAGACUUAAAGGGUAAAAACAUUCGGUUGCUCAGCAAAGAGGCCAAAAUCGGAGCUCACGGAAAACCGGUGGUAUUUCUUCAUCCAAAAGACUGUAAUGGUGUUCUUGUGGAACUCGAACAAGCUUAAAACACUAUUUUGUGUUAAAAUCAUUUCCCGGUGUGGAUUUCAUUUUGAAUUCAGUUCACAAGAUGAUAUAUGAUUGUUUAGACCAAGCAGUUUGUGAAUACUUCAAGAUUUAAUGUAAAUGUUUAAAAAAAAUGAUAAUGGAGGUUAUUUUGCUUGUUUGAUGUUUGUGUAGAGGGACCACAUGAUCAAAGUCAUGUUAGUCCACAAAUGGAAUGAAUGAACGAAUGCUUGGCUUUUGACAUCAUACUUAUCAAUUUUUCAGUCAUAUGACGAUGAGGAGUCCUUACAUGUGUGUACAUGUUCUAUGUCUUCAUGAGUCCAUGCGGCCAGAUUGCUGCCGCCACUGAAGUAUCAUGCCGAACACACAAGACAUGACACCCCACCCAUUCACAUUAUACUGACACCUGGCCAACCAGUCCUGUUUCCUUGUUUUAACCUCUCAGUACUGAGCACCAAAGGACAAAUACCAUAUUGAAAGCUUUUGUAUGAACUGUCCCAGGUCUCCCGACUUUGACACGGAGACUCUAACCGUUAGUUCACCAGGAUAUGGCUGUAGAAUUACCGAUGUGGCGUUAAACCAUAAUCAUUCAUUCAUUCAU